CAUGUGUCCAAGUCAAGAGACCUGUUAGAGACAUAAUUUUUCUGUUCGUUAUCCUUCCCGCUUUGCUCUUGUCCAUAAACCGCACAGAUGCUGCGUCUGAGUCUGAGCACCACAUACCUGCUGCUGCUGUCGUGGGUGCACGUGGUGCCAGGACAUACCACUACCCUCUACCAGCUUUAUGUACCAUACAGCACACAGUGGGGGACUGGGGUGUCACGGAGAUGUGUCCUGUAGGCUCUUACGCUGUUGGCUUCAGCAUCAAGGUGGAGGCUCCACAAGGCUCUGGAGACUACACGGCUGUUAACGGGAUACGCUUGUACUGUUUUGACCCCUGCAGCAAACAGCAGACCACAGUGCAAUCUGCUGUGGGGAGUUGGGGGGACUGGACUGCGGUGAAGAGCUGUGAAAGUGGAUACCUGGCCUCCUUUAUGCUCCGCGUUGAGUCUGCACAGGGCCAGGGUGACGACACAUCCGUCAACAACAUCAAAUUCAUCUGCAGUGGCACCGGCGCUCAGCUGGAGGGUGAUGGGCUGCAGUGGGGCGAGUGGGGACACUGGAGCAGGAAGUGUCCCAGAGGCGCCAUCUGUGGGCUGAGGACCCGCGUGGAGGAGCCGCUGGGCAGUGGCGAUGACACGGCGCUCAACGACGUGCAGUUCUUCUGCUGCAAAUAAAAACCUCUCUGAUGCUCCUCACACAGCAGCAACAGUCAAAAGGAGAGAUCCCACUGAGGGUGCAGUUUGUAAUCAAUAAAACCCACAGCUAUGCUGGAACCCAU